CACAUGGUCUUUCACACACCCAAAAUCCUCCACGUCUCCUCUAUGUUUCGAAAUCGAGGUUCGUCUUCGUUCCGAGCUAGCUCCUCCUUUGUACUUAAACCCUACGCAGAUCUUGCCAUGUAAUCUAAGGAGUGGGUCCCAUACGGGCUUUCUCUCAGCGUCUUGUAAUCUCACUUGUCUCUCGGGCUCCCGAGCUUUCUCGAUAAUGGCGAACAACUCCAGGGACGAGCCCAAGACCGGUCCUCAGGCCGAUCGCUGGUACAACCUAACCCUAGGCCCCUCCUUCAAAAGCGAUUCCUCCAGCAAAUUCUGCACCCUCCGAUAUGAAUUUAAACCGGCUUCGAUCGACAAGACGAAGUCGGGAUCGCUACACAAGACCAAGGAAAAUAGGGUUUCUGUGGAGUUCCACAACAAUCAAUUGGGAAAACCAAAAGUGACAUUCGAGGGAAGCAGCGAGGAGUACAAGGAAAACGACGCUGUUCUGUUCUUUGACGGCGAGACUUUCCGGCUGGAGCGGCUUCAUCGGGCCGUUAAGCAGCUCCGGCACCUUCGCAAGCCCGGUGAGUCCACUGCAGCUUCCUCUGUGGUCGCCGGCGCCCAAUCGGUGCCAGCCCCGGAGCUGCGGUUGUCCCCGGCUGGGAGGGGUGCAAAGCCGGCAAAUUUUGGUAGAAGCACGUUUCCAGCCGUGCCGCCGGUGACGGUUGAGGUGGAACGAAUUGAUAUUGGCAAGCCAGAGAAUCCAGGUGCGAAACCUUCAGGAAAAGGGAUUGUUGAUUAUCCAUCUGAUCCACCUAACUUCUCCAUGGCCUCACCAGGCCCCAAGAGCGAUGAAGGUGAGGAACAUCAAGAUAUAGAUAUUGAUGAUCUUUUUGGUAGUCGAACACCUGAAGAUGAAAUAGCUGCUGAGGAGGCUGGAGUUGAUAUAAGUGUACCACAUCAAAAUGACUCUGAUGAAGAGAUUGCUGAUGUAGAUGAUAGUGGCGAUGAAGUGGAAAGGGGACCCAAUGCUGCAGAAGCGCUUAGAGCCCAGGUGAAUGCUGAGGAGAGGGAUGAGCGGAGUUCGAGUUCUAGUAGCAGUAGCGGAAGUAGCAGUGCGAGCCGAAGUAGUAGCAGCAGCAGUGGCAGUGAAGCAGCCAGCGAUGAAGACUCUGUCAACUCUAUCUGACAUUGGCAAACUGCCCUAAACCUGCAGAAGAAGCUAGUUGGAGACGGACAGAAAAUACAGAGUGGAUACUACACGCUCCAACAGAAGCAUGGCUUGCAAAAUUAAAAACAGGCCAACCUGGUUUUGGGGGAGAGAUCUUGUUGAGCUUCUUUUUCUUAUAUAGGGUUACACGUUUGAGUAUUUAUGGGAGAUCUUAUUAAGCUAUCCCACUUGUGGCAACACAUCUCUUUUGGCAAAUGUAAUGAGUGAAUUCCUAGGAAGAGCAUGAAACUUACCAAAUUUGAAAAUACUUUUGAGAUACGCUAUUACAUUAUUAUCUUGCACGUAAAUUGUAAGAUACGGUUUUUUUUUUAUUUGAUUUUUUCAAAACAGAUAAUAGAUUGAGUAAUUGUUACGUACA